GCUCGCUCCGUGCACUCUUUUUUCCUUUCAUUGCGCUUUAAAGCCGAGCAGCGGCGGCAGCGGCAGGAGGAGGAGGAGGAGGAAGAAGAGGCGGUUGGAGGAGGAGGAGCGGAGACGACUGGCGGAGCGGCGGAGGCAGGCAGGGAACCGGUGUGCCACAUCGGGAUGAGAGCGAGGCAGAGACCCGGGUCGGAUGAGUCAGCGAGCGGAUCCCGCUACCACGGCGCCCCGGAGAUCAUCUGAACGAGCCCGAACCGACACAGAAGAAACAUUCUCCACAUUUAUCCGUGACUGUUGUUGUUGUCGGACUGAGCUCCUCUUUAUUCCGCCCUCCUCUGGUCUCAGUCUGCCAUAGCCUAGCCGCUCGGUUCAUUCCCACCGAGGAAGGAAGGGAAAGGUGGGGAGAUAAAGAGUUAGGAGGGAGGGGGGUCCGGCAAAAGGUUGCGGACGUAGGUGGAGGUUUUCUUUUUCUUUUUUCUUUUCUUUUUUUUGAGACAAAGACAAACCCCAGACGAGGCUCGACUUCACCCAGCGUCCAGUUUUGUGAGUGUGUGAGUGUGUGUGAGUGUGGGGUUUUUUUUGUGUGUGUUGUUGUCACGUUGAAUGAGCGAAGAUGUCGGGGCAGAGCAUUACGGACCGGAUAACUGCAGCCCAGCACAGUGUAACGGGAUCCGCCGUGUCGAAAACAGUAUGCAAGGCCACCACUCACGAAGUCAUGGGCCCGAAAAAGAAACACUUGGAUUAUUUGAUCCACUGCACCAACGAGAUGAACGUCAACAUUCCCCAGCUGGCUGACUCGUUGUUUGAGAGGACCACCAACACCAGCUGGGUGGUCGUGUUUAAAUCACUCAUCACCACACACCACCUCAUGGUCUACGGCAAUGAGCGUUUCGUCCAGUACCUGGCUUCAAGGAAUACACUAUUCAACCUCAGUAAUUUUUUGGACAAAAGUGGUUUACAAGGUUAUGACAUGUCCACAUUUAUCAGGAGGUAUAGUCGAUACCUGAAUGAGAAAGCUGUUUCAUACAGACAGGUGGCCUUUGACUUCACAAAAGUGAAACGCGGAGUGGAUGGUGUAAUGAGGACCAUGAAUACAGAGAAGCUGCUCAAGACGAUCCCCAUUAUUCAGAACCAGAUGGACGCCCUCCUCGAUUUCAAUGUCAAUGCCAAUGAGUUGACUAAUGGAGUCAUCAAUGCAGCCUUCAUGCUCCUCUUCAAAGACUCCAUCAGGCUCUUUGCUGCUUAUAAUGAAGGCAUUAUCAACCUGCUUGAGAAAUACUUUGACAUGAAGAAGACUCAGUGUAAAGAAGGCUUGGAUAUUUACAAGAAGUUUCUCACCAGAAUGACUCGGAUAUCAGAGUUCCUCAAAGUAGCAGAGCAGGUGGGCAUUGAUCGAGGAGACAUUCCAGACCUUUCACAGGCUCCCAGUAGCCUUCUCGAAGCUCUGGAGCAGCACUUGGCCUCUUUAGAAGGCAAGAAGGUCAAAGACUCCACUGCAGCCAGCAGGGCCAGCACUCUGUCAAAUGCAGUGUCAUCUCUGGCCAGCACGGGGAUGUCCUUCACUAAAGUGGACGAGCGGGAGAAGCAGGCUGCUCUCGAAGAGGAACAGGCUCGACUCAAAGCUCUGAAGCGGCUCAAAGAGCUGUCAAAGAGGCCCUCCUUCUCUACCACUGAUACAUCGCCAAUCUCCACCACCGGGGGCACUAUCAGCACAGCACCAGCCAUUGACCUCUUCUCCACACCCAGCUGCUCUAAUGGUGCGGUAAAGAUGGAGAGUGACCUUUUCGACCUGCAGUCAACUUUCCAGCCCUCCAUGCAGCCAGGCUCCACAGGGCUUCCAGUGGCAACAGCAUGGGCAGAUCCUUUCACCUCUGCUGAAGCUGGAGAUGAUUCCAUGCCAAACCUUAACCCUUUCCUCUCAAAACUCGUUGUCGAUGCCACUCACUUACCUGUCGUGUCUUCAGACGGUGUUAGCUUUCCCUCUAGGACAUCUGGUCAUGAAAUGUUUGGUGAUCGUUACAAUCCCUUUAUUGACACAAACUCAUCCGUUUCAACCAAUUACAAACGCACAGUGCGGAUAGAACACUCCGUCUCAGACUCCUUCUGUGGUCCAGUAUCCAUUGCCCAGCACCUCCCACACCAGGCUCCUUUCCCCACUGAGCCCUCUACUAUAGCAGGUCUAUUCAGAGGAUACUCGACGCCGCAGGCUCCUCCGCAGCAGUCAGCAGGAGGACUCCAAGUAGACUUUGAGUCAGUCUUUGGAGCCAAAGCCGCAGGCAGCAACAGCCUCAACUCUGAUGAUAUCGCUAGUGGCAUCCUGAAACCGACUCUCGCCGGCUCCAACCAGGCAUCGGGUCUGCAGCCAGAGAAGCUGGUGUCAGAUGACCUUGACUCCUCCCUGGCCAACCUCGUCGGCAACCUCGGCAUCGGGAACGGCACGAUGAAGAAUGACAUCCACUGGAGCCAGCCGGGGGAGAAGAGGAUGACCGGCGGCACCAACUGGCAGCCCAAAGCGGCGCCGUCCACGACCUGGAACCCUGUCUCAAUGCCACCGUCAAUCAUGGCCUUCCCUGCCACCACACCAACAGGCAUGAUGGGAUACAGCAUGCCUCCACAAAUGGGCUCUAUGGGGAUGAUGAAUCCACCCACCAUGAUGUACUCCCAGCCUGUGAUGAGGCCACCCAACCCUUUCGGCUCUGUGUCUAGUGCUCAGGUGGGUGCUCCACAGUCCGACUGCUCCUCCACGCUGAUGCACAAUGAACCCUCCGCAGCCUCUAGUCCUUCCAGCCAGAGUCCUCUCCGAGCCCCUGGACAGGACCCGUUUGCACACCUCUCUCUCAAGGAUUUCUUGUAGAGCAUCUCUUUAGAUGCAGUUCAUGUAAUUUGAAGAAAAAGUGUCUCUCGGAAGACGAAGCACUUAGCAGCAAAGCUUUGUCCUCGUUGCAGUCUAACUCUUCAGAGAAACAUUCUCACACACACAAACACACACACCCCAAAUACAGACAUGUCAAGAACACAAUGGUGCAGCGACUGUCAGAAACCAUGGUAACAGUGUCCAAAUGACGUUUGGCGAUAGCUCACCCCCAUUAUUCUGUAACUUGUCCAAGACGUCGAGUGAUGCUGCUGUCUAAAAACCCCCCCUUAAAGAGGAUUCCUUAUCCGUUUUACAGUGUAAUCUGUAAAGAUAGUUCUGGGUGCUGAGAAACUUUGAUGUUAUGUAUUUGGACUUACUGUGGUUGGAUAUAAAACGGCUCGUUGUUCAGCGGGGAGGGGGUGGAAGGAGGAGGAAGAAAAGGAGAGCGGUCCUUCCCUUUCUUGAUCCGAUCAUGAGUCACCCAUCCCCUACAGUUAUUUAACUGUCACUAAGUAGUGAUGCUAAUGGCGUUUACACCUGUUUAGUUUUUGUCUUUUUUACCGUGUUUACAGUAGACAUUCCUUGUGUGUUGUUUGUAUUUAUUUAUGAUUAUUGGUUUAAGACUGGGGAGAAAAAAAUGUAAAAUCUACAGUACAUUGAACACCUGUGGGAGUGCUUCAGCAUUAAAAACAUGGAUCUCAGACUAUCAUCGAGAGGUAGAGUUUAAAAAAAAAAAAAAAAAGCUAUUAUAUAAAUUACACCUAUUAAGCGGAAUGAUAGAGCACUAAAUAUUCUACGAGUUUUGUGUUAAGAAAAUUUUCUACUAGAUGAAAGAUUUCACAAUCUCUGUUGUACUUAAGUGCAGGGGGGUUAGAGUACGAGUCAGUUAACAGUAUAUAGUCGAUUCUGUGCCUAGGGUUUUUUGCAAUGGAUCAGUUUCCUGUCUAGUUGAACAAAAAGAGAUAAAAAAAAAAAAAAAAAAACAAAUAAAAAAAAACACUUCAUCCACGAGAAUCUGAAGCGUCGCACUGGGUGGUGGGCUCCAUUUGCUUUAAGCUUGGCAUGCCAUUGACUCACUGACCGUAUUCAAGGCUGCCUUUACUCUGAAUGUGAAAGAGUUGUCUUCAUGUUGCACACAUCUUUCCACACUGCAGUUCCUCAGCGAGAAAUCGUGGGUGGUUGGGGGGGGCAGGUCAAGAGGACGGAGUGUGUCUGCUUUGCUGGUUAGUCGUCGCUACGCUAAUGGGGGAUAAAGGGUCACAGAUUUGAUGUGUAAAUUAAUUGUAAAAAAGAUCCAGAGGACCGGGGGGGUUGGAGCGGAGGAGCACUGUUGAUCGGUGCUCCGUGUAUAUAAAUAACUGACUGUUCUUUGAGUUCAGAAGUGAAAGAUGUAUGAAAUAUGAAAGCAAUUCAAUCAAAUUUGACUCUACCUAAGUUUGAUUCAGGAUAUUCUCUGCGUUUGUCUCCGCAGAUAUUUUCUUUAUGUAAUUAGAACGUGUAGCAGACAAUGACUGAAGUCUUUUCUUUCUUUUACAAAUAAAGAGCAGCUUCCACAAACUA